GCUUUGCGCGAAGCUGCGUGAAAAGUUAGAUCUGGAACACACCGCCGUCAGAUUACCUCACGCUAAACGUCCGAAGAUGAGCGUGAGAAAUCGGCGUCCUCGCGCGCCUCAAUCAACGUAACGUGCGCACAGUCCCGCGAAAGCGUCGCAUUCGGGGGCGCGCACACUGACAGCCAGCACGCACUGCGUCCAUUAACACAUCGGGGGAAAGUGGGGCUCUAGCUCGGCCUGGCCCGUGAAGCUCCCCAGCUCAGCCGCUCCACAGCACAGCGGCCUCACAGCACGGCAGCAUGCCAUCGCUCAUGAACUCGCUUCAGUCGGGACUGGACUUCAUUGAAUUCCUGGGGGAGAGAAUAUCCAGCACCAGCAGAGAGGAACUCCGUGGCAUUUACAACUCUGAAUUUAAGGGCAGAGAGGGAAUAAAAGACCCCAACUUCUCCAACAUCAUCUACGCCCUCCUGAAAUUCAACAAAGCACACAUAAGACAGGGGAGGAUCUACAUAAAUGUCAAACCUCAGGUUCGUGUUUACUACUGUGAUCAGUGGAGGAGGCCCAGGGGCCCUCAGCCGGACGGCUCCGGCUCUGCUCCUCAGAGAGCAGCCCAGGGGCCCGCCCCCUCCACCGCCUCCUCCACCCCUGUGCUGACCCCCAAGAGAAAGCUAGCGAAAGAAAUCAUGCACAGACUAAAGGUGAACAGGGAAGAGCUGACAGCUGACAAGGGGGGCAUUGAGAUCACCUCCGAGCCAGAGGCGACCCGAGGCAAGGUUCAGUUCAGCGUGGGCCGUCUGAAGGAGCUGUUCGUCAUCAAUUUCCACAUCCUAAACAAGGGGCCAAACUGCAUCCACUUCACAUACUACACAGCCCUGCACAGGAUACGCUGCUUCACUCUGAUAGAUGAGAGGAGAGUGACCAGGGCCUGUCCCCUCUUCCUCUGUCCUGGAGAGAGCUAUGACGUUGUGGUCCAGUAUAGGCUGAACCACUACGGACACUUCCCAGCCACAAUGUACUUUGAGUUCUGUCCGGACCUUCCGGGAUCGAAGCCCUUCUGCAUUGUGAGGGAGAUGGAGGCUGCAGCCAGGACCCAGCUGGGUGUGGAGCUGGGACCCGUGGCUCCCUACAGGCCAUAUCAGGUGGUCACUUACAAGCCUGUCAGCAAUGUCAUAGUGGAGGGAGUGCCUCCAGAAAGUUCUGUUGUCCAACAUCUAAAGAUGACAGUGAAAUUGGGAGACUACAAAUAUCCUCCUUACCUAAAGGAACUGGCUAAACAACGGCUGGAGGACUCCAACUACCUCUCCCCAACUGCCAGACAGAAACUUGCAGCAGUGAAGAGUCUCCUCAACUGCCCCCUUAAAAUGAAGAACUAUGCUCAUCGAUUUCACCUUCUGCUGCACCUGGAAGAGAUACAGAUGGAGGUGGACAUCAGGAAGUACGAUCUGCAUGAUCAAACCAUGACACAAGACCAAGGCAACAAAAAACUACUCGUUCUUCGAGUUCCCGGUGUUGCUGAGAAUAGGCCGUCUGUACUUCGAGGAGAUUGUCUGAGGGUGUCCAGAUCUGAAGACAAGGUGCAGCCCAUCACUGUUUACACUGGUUAUGUUCACAAAGUAGAGCUGGACAGUGUGAAGCUGGGCUUUGCUAAAAGGUUGCUGCAGAGUUUUAUCAAUAACAUGCACUUUGACGUGGAGUUCACUGUAAACCGCUUCCCCUUGAAGCUGCAGCAUCGCGCCGUGGAUCUGGCGGCAAAGCAUCAGCUUGGGACGGUGCUGUUCCCUUCAGGUGCAGCGACGAGCAGCGUCCCCCUGGGGAAACUCAGGAUGUUUAACCGCCAGCUGGAAAGCAACCCGGAGCAACACGCUGCCAUCCAGCGCAUCGUAGCGGGAUCAUCCAAGCCUGCUCCUUACAUUGUGUUCGGGCCUCCUGGAACUGGAAAAACCAUCACUCUGGUUGAAGCAAUGAAUCAGAUCAACAGGGCCGAGCCGUCGGCCAACAUCCUCGCCUGUGCCCCCUCAAACAGUGCGUGUGAUCUGCUGUGUGAGAGACUGAUGGUGCACAUGGAUCCUCUGCGGCUGUUCCGCCUGUACGCCAGCAGCCGUGACCCCCGCACUGUUCCCAAGCACCUGCUGAAACAUUGCAACUGGGAUGAGAGCCAGGAUGGCUUUGUGUUUCCCGACAAGGAGAUUUUGAUGAAAUACAAGGUUAUAGUUACUACUAUGGUCACAGCUGGCAGGCUCGUGUCUGGAGGCAUCCCACACGGGCAUUUCAGCCAUGUCUUUGUGGAUGAAGGGGGCCAAGCAAUGGAGCCUGAGUGCAUCAUUGCUGUGGCAGGCCUGCUCCAUCCAGAGAGGGGUCAGCUGGUUUUGGCAGGAGAUCCUCAGCAGCUGGGUCCAAUCCUUCGAUCCCCUCUUGCUCUGGAGUACGGACUCGGUCUUUCUCUGCUGGAGAGACUGAUGCGAACAAACCCUUUGUAUCACAAGAGCUCAGACUCCGGACACUUUGACAGCCGCUUUGUUAGCAAACUUCUGCGAAACUACAGGUCCCAUCCUGCCAUUCUGAAAAUCCCCAAUGAGUUGUUUUAUGAGAAUGAAUUGCAGGUGUUUGCAGACCAGUGGGAGCGCGAGGCUUACUGCAACUGGGAAUUUCUCCCCAAGAAGGGCUUCCCAGUGAUCUUCCAUGGCGUGAUGGGGAAGGAUGAGAGAGAGGCCAACAGUCCCUCCUUCUUCAACGUGUCAGAAAUCGAGGUCCUGGUGGACUACCUCACCAAGCUGAUGCAAACCCAGGGGAAGAAGGGAAUUCCCAAACUCGCUGCAAAAGACAUCGGUAUAAUUGCCCCUUACAGGAAACAAGCUGAAAAAAUCCAAAAAGCCCUGAAGUCAGUGUCGGCGCUGAAUCGGUGGAAUGAUGUGAAAGAGCUCAAGGUGGGCUCUGUGGAGGAGUUUCAGGGACAAGAGAGGAAGAUCAUCAUGAUCUCUGCGGUCCGCAGCAGCAGCAGCUACGUCAAGAUGGACCAAGACUUCAACAUCGGCUUCCUGUCAAAUGAAAAGAGAUUCAACGUGGCCAUCACCAGAGCCAAGUCCCUGCUGAUUGUAGUGGGAAACCCUGUAAUCCUCAACAAGGACCCCACCUGGGAGAAGUUCAUCAGUUACUGUGUGAAGGAGAAGGGCUACACCGGGUUCGACUUGAGCGAUGCAGAGGGUGAAGAUGAUAUUGUGUCGAGGCUGGUGUCCCUGAAAAUCAACGUGGAUUCUGAAUGUCCUCAGCCAGAGGAGAGUGCCCUCCAGCAGUAUGUGUGCCCAGAGUGGAAAAACGAGCAGUAACAACAGUCUGAUUUUAGACAACCAACAGCAGAUGAGGAAUUGCCUGCACCCAAACCCAGAAAGAAUUAUAUUUAGAUUUAGGAAAGAACAGCAAGUCUGAGUAUUUUGUUUUUAAGGAGUAAUUUGCAUAGUUUUGUGUAAUAAACAUUACUCUGUUUUGGAUAAUAAUGCCAAAAGGUACCGAUGUAUCUUUGAUAUAUAGCUUUUGUCUCCUCAGUGUCAUCUUUUAAUUUUUUUUAUGAUUGACUUUGAACAUUGCUGCAUACAAUCGAUCUACGAUGCAUUGCACAUGUUCAUAUUUGGGAAUUAAAGAGCAGCCCGGAACUUCUCAGGAAUUCACAACCGUAUGUCUUACUACUGUUUGCACUUUACAAAUGAAAUAGGCUGUUUUCUCUCUCAUUUACUCCUUUGCCUUUCCAUGAGAUGUUGAAAAAGUAAGCAAUAAACACUUUUGGAUGUUUGAAGCACA